GACAUGUUUGACGCGGACUACCCCGGAGAGGGGUGGCGGGCGGGGAGCGGGAGGUGGGCACGCCGCCCGUCCUGCCCUCCAGCUUCCCCGCCAUCACCCCAGAGGACCUUACGCCCGCCGAGCUGCAUGAGUUCGAUAUGAAGUAUGGGUCUCCUCACCACGCCCGCUCCCGCUCCAUCAAGUCCCUGGCGCGGCCCACCUUGCUCGCCCUGCCGCUAGAGCGGCCGCGGCUCACCUCCCUGCCAGGCAACGGAGGCGGCGGAGGUGGCGGAGGUGACGACGACGAGGACGACUACUACCGCCUGCGACACUUCUCUAUCACGGGGCGGCGCAUCAUCAACAGAGGAGACUCCUUCAAGUCCCGCAGGACGCGAUCCAACACCAGCGUGGCCUCGGACGCUUCCAGGGCGCUGACGUCACUAGAGGGCGGGGCCACCCUCAUUGCGUCACUGGAGGGGGCGUGUCGCUCCUUGGCACCUGGCCUGCCCCCCGCCAUCACACUCUCCUGUGACGACGUUUCCUGCUUCACGGAUGGAUGCGCGUGGUCACAUCCCUGCUCGCUGGCGACGUCGGCGGCGUCUUCUGCGGCGUCUUCGGCAGCGUCGUCGGCGUCGGAGAUGAUGACGCCGUACCGGGUGGUGAUGCUGGGGGCGGCGGGGGUUGGCAAGACGGCCCUCGUGCACCAGUUUAUGACCUCUGAACAUAUCAACGCUUACGAUAACUCCUUAGACGAGGAGUACGGGGAGCAGUCCGUCUCCGUGAUGCUGGACGGGGAGGAGUCUGAGAUUAUGUUUGUUGACCACCCCGCCGACGAGAUGACGGUGGAGAAUUACCUGACCACCUACGAGCCUCAUGCCUUCGUGGUGGUGCUGAGUGUGACGGAGCGGGCCAGCUACCUGCGGGCGGAGGAGGUGCUGCAGUACCUGUGGCGCCUUGACGUCAUGAGCAACAAGGGCGUCAUCCUAGUGGCCAACAAGACGGAUAUCGUGAGGGCGCGCUGUGUGUCGUCCAAAGAGGGAUCCAACCUGGCGGAUUCCUACGACUGCAAGUAUAUCGAGACGUCCAGUGGCUUCAAUCACCAGGUGGACGAGCUCUUGGUGGGGAUACUGAAGCAGAUCCGCCUAAAGACACGACCGCCGGAGACUAAGAGGAAACGAAGCACGCGAAGGAAGAAGUACCGCGGCUCCAAGACCUCGGCGAGUCUCAAGGUCAAGAGCUUCCUGACGAAGGUGUGUGGGAAGGAACCAAGCAAGUCAUGCGAGAACCUACACGUCCUUUGACUUCUUCUCUUCCUUCUUUACUACUCCACGCUUAAACGGCUUCAAGAGACACCUCAUGACUUCCGUUGGGGGAGCGGCUGGGACCACACACACACACACUCACAGACACACACGCACACGUACACUCACACACACACACACACACACACACACACACACACACACACACACACACACACACACACACAGGCGAGACACAAGGGGACUUCAGGACUCUACGUGUGUUCAGGAGUCAGGAGUCCCUCUAAUGCACAGGAGAGUGAGUGUUCUCCCCCACUCCUGCGUGUGCUCGCCCUGUGCUGAAUGAAGUGCUGUCUAGCGGGUGUGUUUUCCCCUCUCUGUUAGAAUUCAGAGACCCACUGACUCUGUGCCUCAUGGAAUAGAGAAGAGGAGGAAGAGGAAGAGGAGGAGGGAAUGUAAUUUGUUUGGGCACGAUGGAAAGGGAAACGGAGGCCUCAGGUUUGCCUCUUGGUGAUAACGAGACCCUCAACCUUUAUUUAAUUCCUCUUUCCCUCUCCCUCCUCUCCUCCAUUCCUCCAGCCAUCCUUUCCCAGGUCCCUUCCCAUUAUUUCUUCUUUCUACUCAAUCCUUCCAGUGCGUCGUUGCUCCUCGUUCUCGAUCUCCUCCAUCUCUCUCUCUCUCUCUCUCUCUCUCUCUCUCUCUCUCUCUCUCUCUCUCUCUCUCUCUCUCUCUCUCUCUCUCUCUCUCUCUCUCUCUCUCUCUUCUGUCCCCUUCGCUCUCACCCAAGCUUCCACACUCGGAUCUAUAAACAAACAUUUAUCUUCCUCCUCGACAAGUCUUCCUCGCAGUUUGGGGUGAGUUAUCGCUUCGAAGAGCUCCAAGGAAGCGCUUUUUUGACAAUGAAAGGACUGGGGGAAAAAAAUCAUGCGGGGAAAUGCAUCUGAACGUGACAAAAGUGUUGGAAUCUUCUGCCUCCAGGCGUCGCGGGAGGAGGGAUGUACAAGGGACAAAGUAAAAAAAGAACUAGUUUGAGAAAAUCCUACGCUGAGUGAAACGAGUGAAUAAAAAUGCAUAUCAUGUGUACAUACAGGUAAUUAAGAAACAAAAUCCCUCCUUAUUACACUCACAAAAAAAUACCUGCUUUGAUCUCACGAAUUAUAAAACUUUGAGUGUGAAAAGUGUCCAAAAAAAAAAAAAAGACAGAGGAACUAAAAAAAAAUCUUGAGAAAGGAUAAAAGUUACAGGCACUUUUUGGCAACUGCAGCAUUGUCAUGGCCCUUCCCGUACCUCUGCCAGCCCUCCCUCGUCCCCUCCUCCGGACUAAGAACCUUCCGUCUCCCUAAACUCCCGCAGUGGAGGCAUCAACAAACUCCCACAACCUUCCUGGACGAGGGAACUUUGCCGGGAAAUUUCCGCAACUCUGCUCGACUCUCCCCGCGUCUGAAGGGCAUCUCGGAGGUAUAAAUAAUAGUUACUUGGUUUUACGUUAAGCUUCCUUUCCAGAACAUGUAAUCUGAUAUUCCAAUGCAGUGCUGAAGGCAAGUAUUUAAGCUCCGUCAUCUGAAACGCUUUGCUGUCUUGUGUCCCUACUUUUAACAGACUCACGAGGGAGAUAUUGCGGUUUUCUAGUGGAUUUUCAUAACACCAGUGAUAAUCAGAAAUCUGUAUCAGUAAUGGGAAAAUAAAAUAGCCGUGAGAACCUGACUAAUAGCCUCUGUGGCCUUUGUAAACAUUCCUGAUGAGAGAACAAAGCGUUUCAGAGUACGGGCCUGAGAAAGAAGCUUGUUGUGAUAUCAAGCCUUAGGACGAGGUAAUAAGAAGCAAAAGACAAGAGGAUGUCCAGCAUUACUCGUACUUUACUCAAUGCACACAAACAUUACUUUUUCCUCUAGGGUUGCUGGGGGUCCAAUAUUUCCUUCCUAGGUAACAUUACGCCCUCCAGUGAGAGAUAAUGGUUGUGAAGUCACGUGUCGAUAAGGAAAAUCCGUUAUUCACUCUUUUUUUCGGGGUUUAUUCAGUAAAACAAAGGCUGCGUGUGUACCAUUAAGCAGAUGCAGGAAGGAGGAGCAGCAAGCGAGAAGACACGAAGAAGGAAGGAAAAGGUAUGAGAAGGUAAAUCAGGAAAGCAAUGGAGAAUUACGAUGAAUUAACUUAAUGAAAUAGGAGAGACAUACGUAGGCAAAUACAGUGAAAGGAAACGUAAAUACGGAAAGGCAAAUGUAAAUGAGAAAUGUGCGAAAUUUAAUAGAAGGAAAAGGUGCGAGAAAGUUAAAAUUAGGAAUGCAAUGGAGAAUUAAAAGGGAUGAACGUAAUGAAAUGGGAGAGGUACACGUAAGCAAGUACAGUGAAAGGAAAACGUAAAAUAAAUGCAAACGAAAAUGGGAAAUGCGAGAAAUGCGAGUAAAAUCAAAGAAGUGAACAGGAAUGAAAAUAUAUAUACAGAAAAAUAUGAACGAAGGAUGGACAUAAAAGAAUGAAACAAAAAAAGAAAUGAAAUAUACAUAUACGUGACCAGAAAAUCGGACACGAAAAAUAAAACAUAAACAAAACCAAGAAAAUAAAUAAA